AUGGCCGUGUCCCAUAUCGCCUUUCCCGACCUCGUGGCGCUCCUCGAAGCGAUUUUCGUGCGCUUCGGGACAAGCCGGCAGGUCGCCGCGAUCCUGGCGGACAACUGCGCGCGCUGCGAACGGGACGGCGCGAAAAGCCAUGGGGUCUUUCGCAUGAAAGGCUAUACCGACAGCCUUGCUACAGGCUGGGUGGACGGCAGGGCCGAACCGGUUCUCGAAGAGGCGGCGGCGGGCUUUUUGCGUGUCGACGCGCAAAAUGGCUUUGCGCAGCCCGCGCUCGCGCUGGGGCGCGAUGUGCUUAUCGAAAAGACCCGCGCCAAUGGCAUCGCCCUUUUGGCCAUUCGCAAUUCGCACCAUCUGAGUGCCCUUUGGCCCGACCUCGAGCCGUUCGCGGAGCAGGGGUUCAUCGCCCUUUCCACGGUCAAUUCCUUUGCCUGCACGGUACCGCAUGGCGGCCAGAGCGCGGUGUUUGGCACCAACCCCAUCGCGUUUGCCGCGCCGACCCGUUCGGGCGAACCCGUCGUUUUCGACAUGGCGACAUCGUCCAUGGCCAAUGGAGACGUUCAGAUCGCUGCCCGGGAGGGCAACCAGCUGCCGGCCGGCGCGGGCGUUGACAGCAAUGGCAAUCCGACAACCGACCCCAGUGCAGUCCUCAACGGCGGCGCGCUACUGCCGUUCGGAGGGCACAAGGGAUCAUCGAUCUCGAUGAUGAUCGAGCUCUUGUCAGCCGCUCUCACGGGCGGAAACUAUUCGUUCGAAUUCGACUGGUCGGGCCAUCCCGGCGCGGCAACGCCCCUUACCGGGCAACUGAUCAUCCUGAUCGAUGCCGCCCGGGCCGGCGGAGCGCCGUUUGGCGUGCGCGCCGAAACCCUGAUCGAUGAGAUGGCCUCUGCCGGCGUCAAGCGCUUUCCGGGCCAGCACAGGUUUGCAGCGCGCAAGCGAUCGGAUGCCGAAGGAAUUGCGCUCGGGGUCGAUGACCUGAACUGGCUCGAAGCGCUGGCCGCGGAUUAG